GAUGGCUCCAUCCUCGCUGGAAUUUGUUUAUGUACUUGGCUAGAUCAACGAUUUUAUACAUUGAUGAUUUAGAAUGAAUCUUCUAGUGAAAGAAAACACUGCAUAAUGAGUUGCGCAACCUUUCAGUCACAACUUGGGUGCAUAAUGCAGAUUUUAGCUGAAGCGGCAGUGGAAGAACUAGGCAGACUGCUCGAUGAAAGCUCUGCUGUUGUACUGCCCAUAGAGACCGCGCACCUUGCAACAAACAGUAAUCUCAAAAUAAAACUACAGAGAGAACACAAAGCCAAAACCAGGGAGUUUGCGUUUUUUAUGGAGGUCCUGAGUAAAUCAGCUGUGGACAAAGUGAUGCUUUUGGUCAACAAGAUAAAGUUCCAGUGGCAAGAAUGUGAAAAUAAUUGUCCUAAAGGCCAGACAGAGUGGAGAGAUGCUCUAUUCAAAGCCCCUGACCACUUCACUUACACUGCAAAUGGACCACCAACAACUGGGAAUUCUUCUGAAGAAUCCUCAUCCGAGUGUGAUGCACAGGAGGAGGAGGGGCGCUCAGAAGAACAGGAGCAGCAGCGAGAAACCAACACAGACCUGAUUGUGGGGCACAGUGAUGGACAGAGUGGUUGGACUUCACCUCAGAUUGACGUGUCUGCUCUGCUGCGAUUCACUUGUGAGACGUGUGGCAAGAUUUUCACUGAGAGGUUGCCCUUUAAGCGUCAUAUCAGGGUACACGCCAAAGCAUUCAGCUGCCCGUUAUGUGCCAAGUGCUUCACCUGGCAGAGUACACUGGAUGCCCACAUACAGCUGCAUUCUGGUGAGAAACCCUUCAAUUGUGACAGCUGCCCCAAGGGCUUCUCACUUAAGAGCAGACUGGAGUCUCACAAACGCCAUCAUAUUGCAAAUCAGCAGAUUAACUGUGCCCACUGCCAAAAGAGCUUCCCUAGCCAAAGUCGUCUGGACCGCCACAAGUGCAGUGCGGUCAAGACUUCCUUUGUCUGCCCCACCUGCGGAAAGACCUUUGUGUCCAAGAGCCGCAUGCUGGACCACCAGACGCUGCAUUCAGGUGAGAGACCCUUCUGUUGCGAGGUCUGUGGCCUCUUGUUCAGCUGUGAACGCUACCUGAAGAACCACCAGAAGAGCCACCAGAGUAUCAGUUGCCAUGUGUGUGACACAUGUGGCAAACGUUUUAAUCACGCCACUGGCCUGACAAAGCACAGUUUGGUCCAUACAGGCGAACAGCCCUUUGUCUGUCAUCUUUGCGGCCGACGCUUCAGCCUUGCCGGUAACCUGAAGCGCCACCAGAUCACCCACACUGGACAGAAACUGUAUGGGUGCACCGUUUGCCCAAAAAGGUUCACUGCAUCUCAUUCACUUAAAUCCCACCUGCUGAGCCACAAUGGGGUCAAGCCAUUCAGCUGCGAUGUCUGUGGCAAGGGUUUUGUGAACCCAGCCUACCUGAAGAGGCACACCCACAUCCACAUGCCCAGGCGGCCAUUCGCUUGCAAGAUCUGUGCCAAGAGCUUCAGCUUUCCCAGUCUGCUCAGCAAGCACAUGAACGUGCACACAGGGAGGCAGGGUCUCUCGCCGGCCCGGGAGUACCCGUGCGGACACUGUGACAAGGUCUUCUCGCUCAAGAGCUCACUCGCCAUCCACCAGCGCGUCCACACGCAGGAGAAGCCCUACAGCUGCCGCAUCUGUGGGAAGCGGCUGGCCUACGCGGGCGGCCUCAGCACGCACAUGCGAGUCCACACGGGGGAGUGGCCGUACGGCUGCGACGCCUGCGGGAAGCGCUUCAGCCAGGCCGCACACCUCAAGAACCACCAGCGUGUGCACACAGGCCUCAGGGUCUUACAUUGUGCAAACUGCGGGAAGAAAUUUGGAGACCGGAAGCACCUUAGACUUCACAAUUGUGAACUUCAAAAAUACCUGUGAGGGAAGGAUCUGGUGCUCGUGUAACCAGGCGCCCAAAACAAUGCUCAUUUCAUACCCUGCAAAUCCACAGAAACAUGGAUGGGUCAGUGCUAGUGUUUGUUGUAUGUAUUGUGUAUGUGUAUAAGUACUCUUUUGAUCCCGUGAGGGAAAUUUGGUCUCUGCAUUUAUCCCAAUCCGUGAAUUAGUGAAACACACUUAGCACACAGUGAACACAC